AUGUUCGUGACACACCCCGUUCCGUCCUCGCCAGCCACGCCCUAUCGCCAAACCGGCUACCACACACCGGCGCGACCUUCUCCCCUUGGCCAGCGCAACUCCAACAUCGCCACACCCCCAUGGACAAUGGCCUCCGCGGGACAGUCGAAGCCGGGCAUGGAUGAGAAUCAGUUCUCCCCUGUGCAAUUCCCGAGCUUCUCCUUCCACAGCAACCAGUCCCAGGGGCAAACGCAGGUCCACCAAGGACAGAAGCAGUCGUCAAACAUCUUCAGUCCCCCUUCAACCUCGCCCUUCCAACACCAACCUUCUGGGCUCAUGUCUCCUACCUCCCCCUCGCCCUCGAACAGACCCAAGUUCGCCGACCGCUACUCCGCUCAAAUCGCCAAUCCAAUGAAGACCACCACAUCGCUCGCCCGCUCCAAGACACGUAAGAUGUUCAUGAACCGCGUCAAGAACGACCGCGACUCGGGCCGCUUCGAGGCACGCGGCGAGCAGAUGAUGAUGGCGGAGCACAUGGCCGAUAGAAGGAAGUGGGAGGAGUCGAUGACCCGGGACGUGGAUUCCAUGACGCAAGGACUCGAGUUUGAGGAUGACAAUAUGCUCCCCGAGCAAGAGGCGGAUAUGCAAGCUCUGAAUGAAUUCGUUACACAGGAGGAGGCGAUGGAGAUGGCUCUGAGGGAAUCUGCGGGCUCGCAACAUGGGAUGAAUACUUCUUUCAGCGAUGACGAUUAUGACGAUAUCUUCAUGACCUUGCCCGACCCGGCUCAGUCACAGGACAUGGAUAUGUCGUGA